UCUCGGGCUGUCUGACGGAGAAAACUGUCCCAGCCCAAGUAUGGCCCACUCUGCAGCAGGCCUACAGACCCCAUCUGAGGAUGAAUGUUCCAUCUGUAGGAGAACCCCAACAGACCCACAUCACCCUGCUGCCUGUUCUCAUGUGUUCUGCCGCCCAUGUCUGACCUAUUCUCUAAUGUGGUUACCCCACUGCCCUGUGUGCAGAGCUGAGGCGCAGGUUGAUGACAUCAGGCCUGUCAGAGUCAAGACGGGGACCAUGGUCGUCAGGUUGGGUCAACCUCUACCUGGCUUGUCGGGGCUUUCCACUCCAGCAACAAGAUCUGUGGCAGGUGACGUCCAGAGUUCUGUGGUGAGGAUGACGUUUGUCUGUCCGUUCUGCCAGGAGAGUUGCCUGGAUGCGAGGGAUCUGUGGAUUCACUGCAAUGGCAAGCAUUACUAUGACAACAGGCCCGUGGUGUGUCCAGUGUGCGUCUCUCUGCCUCAUGGUAAUCCACACCAAAUUAGCAGGAACUUCAUCAUGCAUCUGAACCUGAGACACUGCUACUAUGCCGAGAAAUACACGAACACCCAUCAAACCGACAUGUUGAACUUGCAAGAUGGCAUUAUUGAGUCUCUCCAGGAUACCAACCUGAAUCCCAGAUGAUCUUUAUCGAUAUCAGCCACAACAUCAGUAAUCUAGUAAUUUAGCAAUAACACACUCAUCAUGAUUUGUAUAUUUUCAUGCUAAAGCUGCUCACAGAAUUGUUUGUAAAAAUGGCAAUGUUGUCGAACGUUGAUUGUUGCAGCUGUUCUUUUCUUUCUUUUGAAUGUAUAAAAUCAUGCCCUGUUUACUGCAUCUAUCGAAUGUAUCAACUUUAAUGGACAUUUUCAAUAUCAGCUUUGAUAUACUUUUUCGUACAGUACCAGUCAAAAGUUUCAUUCUCUCAACCAGCUUCACUUGGAAUGCUUUUCCAACAGUGUUGAAGUAUUUCCCACAUCUGCUGAGCACUUAUUGGCUACUUUUCCUUCACUCUGCGGUCCGACUCAUCCCAAACCAUCUCAAUUGGGUUGAGGUUGGGUGAUUGUGGAGGCCAGGUCGUCUGAUGCAGCACUCCAUCACUCUCCUUCUUGGCAAAAUAGCCCUUACACAACCUGGAGGUGUGUUGGGUCAUUGUCCUGUUGAAAACAAAUGAUAGUCCCACUAAGCACAAACCAGAUGGGAUGGCGUAUCGCUGCAGAAUGCUGUGAUAGCCAUGCUGGUUAAGUUUGCCUUGAAUUCUAAAUAAAUCACUGACAGUGUCACCAGCAAAGCACCCCCACACCAUCACACGUCCUACUCCAUGCUUCACGGUGGGAACCACACAUGCAGAAAUCAUCCGUUCACCUACUUUUAUAAGACACGGCGGUUGGAACCAGAAAUCUCAAAUUUGGAUAGAUUUCCACCUUCUAAUGUCCAUUGCUCGUGUUUCUUGUCCCAAGCAAGUCUCUUCUUAUUAUUGGUGUCCUUUAGUAGUGGUUUCAUUGCAGCAAUUCGACCACGAAGGCCUGAUUCACACAGUCUCCUCUGAACAGUUGAUGUAGAGAGGUGUCUGUUACUUGAGCUCUGUGAAGCAUUUAUUUGGGCUGCAAUUUCUUGGGCUGCUAAUUCUGAUUAACUUGUCCUCUGCAGCAGAGGUAACUCUGGGUCUUACUUUCCUGUAGCGGUCCUCAUGAGAGCCAGUUUAAUCAUAGCGCUUGAUGGUUUUUCCAACUGCACAAUUUUCCGGAUGGACUGACCUUUAUGUCUUAAAGAAAUGAUGGACUGUCAUUUCUCUUUGCUUAUUUGAGCUGUUCUUGCCAUAAUAUGGACUUGGUAUUUUACCUAAAAGGGCUAUCUUCUGUAUUCCACCCCUACCUUGUCACAACACAACUGAUUGGCUCAAACGCAUUAAGAAGGAAAGAAAUUCCACAAAUGAACUUUUAACAAGGCACACCUGUUAAUUGAAAUUCAUUCCAGAUGACCACGUCAUGAAGCUGGUUGAGAGAAUGCCAAGAGUGUGCAAAGCUGUCAACAAGGCAAAGGGUGGCUACUUCUUAGAAUCUCAAAUCUAUUUUUCUUUGUUUAACACUUUUUUGGUUACUACAUGAUUCCAUAUGUGUUAUUUCAUAGUUUUGAUGUCUUCACUAUUAUUCUACAAUGUAGAAAACAGUUAAAAUAAAGAAAAACUCUUGAAUUAGUAGAUGUGUCCAAACUUUUGACUGGUACUGUAUAUUUAAUAUCCUUGUAUAUUCUUGACAUUGAAUAACUAUA